AUGGGCUCAACAAGCACAAGAUCAUUCCCGCCGGGAAUUCACGCGCCCAGCCUAACAUGGUUCAAGAAUGAUGCCAACCAGGAGCUCGACUGGGAUUUGCAGAAGAAGCAUCUCGAGUUUCUGAUUAGCUCUGGGCUUGAUGGCGUCGUGAUAGCAGGGACGAACGGCGAGGCCGUCGUUCUCUCGCAAGAGGAGAAGACAAGACUCGUGAAGCUGACCCGUGAGGUCGCUACGUCUCUGGGCCGCGCAGACCUGCCCAUCACUAUGGGCACGUCCGGCCAGUCAACACGCGAAGUUAUCGCAGAGACGCACCGCGCCAAGGAAGCGGGGGCUGAUUUCGUCCUCGUCCUUGUGCCCAGCUACUUCCACUUCGCCAUGAACGAGGAGGCGAUCGUGGGCUUCUUCGAGGAGCUGGCCGACGCCAGCCCUGUCCCCGUGCUUAUCUACAACUUCCCCGGCGUCGUUGCUGGCUUGGAUGUGAAUUCCGACAUGCUGGAACGCCUCGGCCGCCAUCCCAAUAUCGUGGGCGUCAAGCUUACCUGUGGUGGAAUUGCCAAGGUGGCGAGGGUCAGGGCAACCUACGAGCCAACUCAGUUCUGUGCUCUCGCCGGGCAGAGUGACUGGCUUGUCCCAGCGCUGUCUGUGGGCAGCACUGGCGUAAUCACAGGAGUGGCGAACCUGUACCCCAAGGUGUGCACAAAUAUCUAUGACCUCUUCAAGGCCGGAAAGGUGCAGGAGGCGGAGGCAGCCCAGAUUGAGCUGGCCAAGAUGGAGUGGGGCUUUGGCAAGGGAGGCAUCAACGGGACAAAGUGGGUGGUGGCCAAGAUUCUGGGCUACCCUGCGGAGAGCUGGCACUGCAGGAAGCCGUAUCCCAAGUUCGAGGAUGAGAAGAAGCAGAAGUGGAUAUCAGGAGUGGUAGAGCCUCUAUCUCAGACCGAGAAUGGGAUCAAAGAUGGCAGAAGCCCUGGAUAUGCGACAGACGUCGGUUUUGACUGGAUGAAGAUGGUUCUUAUGCACCGUGUUCACAUUGAUGCGGAGGUGCUCCUCUUGGAAUCACCUGAUUGCACACGAUCAUCCUCGGCAAUGAGGAGUAGAUCCCAAGGGGAAGCCGUUCUCGAGUCUGAGGACUUUUACAGGAAUAUGGUUGUAAACUCGGACAUACAAGGAGCAAAUGGUCUCGAUCAAUCUGAUAAGAUAGAUGUUCAGGCACUCUCCAACAAAUAUUCAGAGGAAAAGGAGAGACGGCAGCGGGCGGAUGGUCUUGCCCAGAAUGAGGAGCUCGAGGAGUCCGAGAAUUUCGCAUCACUUGCUGAUGACCCCUUUGUUGAUCAUGAUGCUUUAAACGCUCAUCAUCCUGCCCUAGAAGAUGGCCAAGAAGUGCGAGUCAUUAUUCUCGGUGCCGGGUUUGGUGGCAUUCUUUUCGCUUCGCGUCUCAUUGAGGCAGGCAUAAAGCCUAAGGAUAUCCGGCUGGUCGAUGUUGCGGGAGGGUUUGGGGGCACUUGGUAUUGGAACCGCUACCCUGGAGUCAUGUGCGAUACUGAGGCUUCGGUCUACUUGCCUCUACUUGAAGAGAUAGGCUACAUGCCGAAGCACAAAUAUUCCUACGGGGAAGAGAUAAGAGGCCACUGCGAGCGAAUAGCGAAUUAUUUUGGCUUCGCAGAUAAAGGUAUGUUCCGAACGGCGAUCAACAGGGCCGUGUGGAACGAUGAGACGAGGCGCUGGUCUGUCGAAAUGGAGCAGAACCGCGGACCAAAGCAUGGGAAAUUCAGCUUGACGGCGUAUUCCCAAUUUUUCUGCCUUUGCAACGGCGUUCUUAACCACCCGAAGGCUCCAAAGAUCCCCGGUCUCGAGGAUUUCCAAGGUCAAAUGUUCCAUGCGGCUCGUUGGAACUAUAAUAUCACUGGAGGUUCGCAAGCAGAUCAACGAAUGACAGGACUUCGGGGAAAGAACGUCGGCAUCCUUGGAACCGGCCCUACAGCGAUCCAGGCUAUACCGAAACUCGCCGAAACCUCGAAGAAGCUCUACGUUUUCCAGCGAACACCCGCUUCUAUCGGUUAUCGGAAUCAGCAAGCGACUGACCAAGCUGAAUGGGAGAUGCAUAUUACAGCUAAGCCGGGCUGGCAGCUGGAAAGAACCAGGAACUUCGAGCUGCUAUGCCAGGGGGAGCCAGCCGACGACCGAUAUCUGACAGAUGGCUGGACGAAGCUCAAAACGUUUGCAGCCUUUGUCGGCAGGUCAAAUGCGCCUGUGAUUACGAAAGACCUUGUUCAAGAGCACAUCAAUGACUUUGUCAAGCUUGAUGCACCUUUUCAGGAGCGCAUUCGCCACCGCGUGGAUGAGGUGGUGCGCGAUCGUCACACGGCGGAAAUUCUAAAGCCGUGGUAUCACACAUGGUGCAAGCGUCCAGGUUUCCACGACGAAUAUCUCGAAACAUUCAACCUUCCGAACGUUCAUCUUAUUGAUAUAGCCGACACGAAAGGCAUCACUGCCGCUUCCACCAAAGGCCUGAUAGUGGGUGAACGAGAGAUCGAGCUCGACGUGUUGAUUCUUAGCACUGGCUUCCGACCCAUCGUCAAUCUUCAAGAUCCGGACCCGGGGGCGAAAUCUAAUACGAUAAUUAUCGGACGUGAUUCGAUUCCAAUGGCAGAUAAAUGGGCACUCAAGGGAGCUGCCACAUUGCUUGGCUCAAUGACACACUCGUUUCCGAACUUGCUUCUGAGCGGCGGCACAACCCAGUCAGGGACAAGCCCCAACAACACGGGUGCUCUUGACGCUCUCGCCCGUCAUGCAGCUUACGUUAUCACCGAGUCCUUGAGAAGAGCAGAUGAUGCCGGACGACUUGCCAUUGAGCCCAGCGCCGAGGCGGAAGAGUCAUGGUCAGCCGAGAUCUUGAAAUAUGACCUAUUUGCCGCCCCUAUUGCUGUCUGUACACCAGGGUACUUCAAUUGUGAAGGAGAGGCCCUGGAACCUGUGUCAGAGGAAGAAGAACUCAAAAGGCGGAGGGGAUCCUCUUACAUGAGAGGACUUCCUGCGUUCCGGAAAAUAUUGGAUGACUGGAAAACUGAUGGACAGAUGGCAGGACUAGUUGCGAGAGCCUGA